AUGGCCCAAGCUAUGGAUGCCCAUUCGAGUUUCCUCUAUCUUGUCGACAACCUUCCCACUUGGAGGACUAGCAUUGAGGCGUUAUCUACCCACGCUGCCGACAAGCAUGCCGAGUUUGCUGCAGAAUAUUCCCGGCUCGUGAACCAAGUCAGACCGAAACGCAAGAAGAGUCCCUCGGUUUCCUCUAUCCAUACUCAAGAUCAGGAACAAGGCGAUGAUCAGACUCGCACCGUCGAGAGCGCUGAUGGCCUGUCGUCGCCUGACCCCAGGCGAAUUAACCCUCUAGAGGCUGGGAACAAAUAUCUAUAUGCACAGGGGCGGAGAAAGAGGAAGCCAGGCCCAUCCAUCCGUUCUGGUGCCUCGGGACCUCAGAAGUUCAGAAAUCGACAUCACGUUGUCGUCUACUACGAUGGAUAUCUACAAGAACAACUCGAUACUCUGGUCAAGCAGAUCGGAAUUGGUCGGAAUAAUCUGCGAAAAGGCAAAGCUGCACUUGCCGCUGCCAGAGGCUUCCGACUUCCCACGCUGACCGCUCGAACCAGUCACGGUCUCUCCGCGCUCAACGACAUCAGAAGUUCUAUGAUAUCCCGAAGUACGCCGGCCUUGCUGCCCGGCAAGAGCCGAGUGUCUGUUCAGAACCCGGCGGCCUCUAAUGAGGAAGCAAGCUUUCUACAGGUGGACAAAGAACUAGAGCAGAUACAGGCACUGUGCGAGACGGCCGCUCACCAAUUUCUUCGAGACGGUGACUGCAAGACUGAACUUCAGUCUAUGCUUGAGAAGUUUAAUGGUCUCCUUGAACAGGCCUCUGCAGCUGCGGAGAGCAUGAAGAAAAUUCAAGAGGAAAGUCAGGAAGCUUCAGUAGCCGAUGAUCUUGGCUCAGAGUUCAGUCAUGGUGGUGCCGAUUCGGAUGGUUCUUUGUCAACCAAACCGUCACUCGAUCACUUGACUACACCGAAAAUCGGUGCCGCAAGAGACCAGAGCCCUCUGGCGUUCGGCCCGCCCUUGCACAGUAUAAAACCAUCUGGGUUAUACAGUACACCUGACAUUGCGUGUGCCGACAACCCAGCAGGACUAGUGAGCGACACUAUUGAGGUUGACGACGCCAGUGACCAGGGCUCCAUUGUGGUUGAUAUCUCUCAGUAUCGUCUUACAAACCCCCAGCGAGUGAGGCUUUGA